AUGCAGACACCGCGGCCGGCGAUGAGGAUGGAGGCCGGGGAGGCAGCGCCACCGGUGGGGGCGGGCGGCCGCCCCGGGGGCGGCUGGGGCAAGUGGGUGCGGCUGAACGUGGGGGGCACGGUGUUCCUGACCACCCGCCAGACACUGUGCCGGGAGCAGAAGUCCUUCCUCAGCCGCCUGUGCCAGGGCGAAGAGCUGCAAUCGGACAGGGAUGAGACUGGGGCCUACCUCAUUGACCGUGACCCCACCUACUUCGGACCCAUAUUGAACUUCCUAAGGCACGGCAAACUGGUGCUGGACAAGGACAUGGCUGAGGAGGGGGUCCUGGAGGAAGCUGAGUUCUACAACAUUGGUCCUCUGAUUCGCAUCAUCAAAGACAGGAUGGAGGAGAAAGACUACACAGUGACCCAGGUGCCACCCAAGCAUGUGUACCGUGUGCUGCAGUGCCAGGAGGAAGAGCUCACACAGAUGGUCUCCACUAUGUCUGAUGGCUGGCGCUUCGAGCAGCUGGUGAACAUCGGUUCCUCCUACAACUAUGGGAGUGAGGACCAGGCCGAGUUCCUGUGUGUGGUGUCCAAGGAGCUUCACAGCUCCCCACAUGGCCUGAGCUCAGAGUCUACUCGCAAGACCAAGAGCACGGACGAGCAGCUGGAGGAGCAGCGGCGGCAGGAGGUGGAGGAGGUGGAGGUGGCCCAGGUGCAGGUGGAGGCGGAUGCCCAGGAGAAAGGUCCCUGUCCGCACCCUCCCAGACCCAAGCCUGAGCUUGCCGUGAGAGCUCCUCGGCCCCGCGCCCGCCCCCAGAGCUGCCGCCCCUGGUUUGUAGCCUGGCAGAGCUGGAGGGAGGGGCGGAAGCAAGGAGGGUGCUCAUAUUUUUGUCUUUGGACUUGAGCCGAUCUUUUGGCUGAUUCUCUCCACCCACCAAAGUCUCUCAACUUAUCUGGUCCUUGGGGGUGAGGCCCCGAGAACUGAAAGAGUCCAGAGGUGGAGACUCUCACACUUGGUCGGCACUGGAGCCAGGCUGGGGAGGGGAGCCCUGUGCCUCUGCCCCACCCCGCAUGUCUAGAAGCCUCGCGCAGCACUGCAUGUGGGUACUGUGUCCCCCUAGUUCUGCGGAGUGGGUGGACAGGCCAUAUGUGGUGUCCCUUGGCUGAGGAGUUGGCAAGAGCCUGCCAAGGAUUGUAGUGUGGCAGGAAAAAAAAAAAAAAUCUGCUCUCUGGCUGACCAUAGCCUUCAGUCGGCCUUAUCUCGCUGUGACCUUGGGCAAGUCACUGCCUCUCUCUGAGCCACCGUUGGAUUCUAAGACGGGGGCAGACAGCUGCUUCCAGUGCCCCCCUUUUUGCCUGGGACAGCAGUGAUCUGCCUCUCCCAUCCCUGCCCUGCCACCAGGCUGCCACCACCAGCCCAAGAAAUCAGCUUCUCCCCUCCUCGGUUCUGACUCCACCUCCUUUGGGCCUCAGCCCCACCCCUCCUCCAGAGCCAGCCUGGGACUCACUUGCCUUUUUCUCUCCCUCUCUCCCUCCCUCCCCCACUCUCCCCAACUUUCCUGUCCUGGCAUCACCUUGUCCUCACUCCCCCCCAACCCUGGAUUUCUGACCCCCUUUCCUCUUCCUCUGUCCCUCCCCCUCUUAUUUUCUAGCUAUUACAAGCCAGAGGCACCCGGAUGUGAGCCCCCAGAUCACCUCCAGGGACUUGGGGUUCCGAUCUGAAAUCCUUUAUUUUUGUACCACGGGGUGGGCUCCUGGCCCGAGGAGGAAGACAUGCCCUCUACCUUGUCAAUGCUGCCUGCAUCUGCCGGGCUGAAACUCACUCCUGCCUUGGGGCCCAGGUCUGGGGCCCUCUGGGACCUUGGAAGGCCUGAGGUGGGCCCUGGGGUCUCCAGGCAGUCACCAUAGCCAAACUCUGGCACUGCCUACCCAUAUCUCCCAGGCCCCGUUGCCCCCUCACCUGGGUGCCCAUGCUGCAUGGCGGAUAUACUCCCUCCCAGCCCGGUCCUAGCAUCUCCCAGAGCCUCAGUCUCCAUGGCACCAUAGGGUCACCCCUCCUCCCACCUACCUCACAGGGUUGUUGGGAGAAUCAGGGAGGAUCAUGGGGUUCCUGGAAGCCCUAAGUGUGUUGGGGCUGCAAUCAUUACCUUCUGAGGGGAAGGACUCUAGCCCAGCCCCCGAAUGGGACACUAUGGCCUCAGAUACUGGUGGGAGAAAAUAUAAAGACUUAGCCAGACAGGAAGGAAGGUACAGGCUUGACAGCACCUUGGCCACCCCUCCUCUGUGCCGCCAUGUGUUUGGCAGUGUCAGUCAUGAGGCUGCCCAGGAACUUGGAUGGGGAAGGGGACAGCUGUAAUGGGCUGAGCUGUCCUACCCCUGUCUUGACCCCUGGGAUGGCACAUGUCUGUCAGUUGUGUCCCACCCACCAUGAAAUAAACUGAACAAACAGGC